CGUCUACCAUCGUCAGCAUUCAUUGCUGUUGGCAUAGAAUAAGAAGGUAUCAUUUACAUCUUUCAACAACCAACACCUUUUGCCCAUCAUGGCUUCUCGUGAUCUCAGUCGUCGUCAAGACGCUUACAAAGCAAAAGGUCAAUUCAAACAUGACGAAUUACGUCGUAGAAGAGAAGAAGCUCAAGUGGAAAUUCGUCGUCAAAAGCGUGAUGAAAGUAUGGCAAAGAGAAGAAAUUUAAAUAUCGCUUCAACGGGCGCAAUGACUGAUGGUGAUUCAGACGAAGAUGAAGUCAGUAAUGGCUUAAUGGAAAAACAACUCAAUGAUGAUAUGCCACAAAUGAUCGCUGGAGUAAUGUCUGAUAACGCUGACGUUCAAUUGGAUUGCACGACAAAGUUCCGAAAACUUUUAUCAAAAGAGAAGAAUCCACCAAUCGAACGUGUCAUCGCUUGUGGUGUUGUUCCUCGUUUUGUUGAAUUCCUUCGUAGCUCUCAUAGCAUGCUGCAAUUCGAAGCAGCUUGGGCUUUGACAAAUAUCGCUUCCGGUACAUCUGAACAUACACAAGUCGUCAUCAAUGAAGGUGCAGUUCCCGUAUUCAUCGAAUUGCUUUCGUCUCCCGUUUUGGAUGUUCGUGAACAAGCUGUUUGGGCAUUGGGAAACAUUGCAGGUGAUAGCCCCAAAUGCAGAGAUUAUGUACUUGAACAGGGUGCCAUGACUCCUUUGCUCACCUUGCUAAGCGAAAAUCACAAAUUGAGCAUGCUGCGAAACGCAACCUGGACUUUGAGCAACUUCUGUCGUGGUAAGAACCCACAGCCUGAUUGGACACAAGUCUCACCCGCAUUGAUGAUUUUGACAAAAUUGAUCUACUCCAUGGAUGACGAAGUUUUGAUCGACGCUUGCUGGGCAAUCUCAUACCUCUCGGAUGGUGCAAAUGAAAAGAUUCAGGCCGUUAUCGAAUCUGGAUUGACCCGUAGAUUGGUCGAUUUGCUCACUCAUCCUUCUACUGCCGUCCAAACCCCUGCUUUACGGUCUGUCGGUAACAUUGUCACAGGAGACGAUUUGCAGACGCAAGUGAUCAUCAGCUCAGGCGCUCUUCCUCCUUUGCUUUCCUUGCUCUCUUCUCCUAAAGAUGGUAUCAAGAAAGAAGCUUGUUGGACAAUUUCAAAUAUCACAGCCGGUAGCCCACAACAGAUUCAAGCCGUGAUCGAUGCCAACAUUAUUCCACCACUCAUCAACAUCUUAACACACGCAGACUUCAAGACAAAGAAGGAAGCAUGCUGGGCAAUCUCUAAUGCAACGUCAGGUGGUUUACAAGAACCUGCACAAAUUCGUUACCUUGUCAGCCAAGGCUGUAUCCGACCUCUUUGUGAAUUGCUUAAGACUAUGGACAACAAGAUUAUUCAAGUUGCCUUGGAUGGAUUAGAGAAUAUUCUGAAAGUUGGAGAAGAAGACAAGAACGCUGCAGGACCUGGCGCAGUCAAUCAGUAUGCAGCUUACAUUGAAGAAUGCAAUGGAAUGGUAACAAUUCACAAUUUGCAACACCAUGAAAAUUUGGAAAUUUACAAGAAAUGUUUCUUCAUCAUGGACAAAUACUUCCCCGAUGAAGAAGAAGCAGAAGAGACUGGUGUGGAUGCUCCUCAAGUUAAUGAAGCAGGUCAAUUCAGCUUUGCAUCCAAUUUGGCAGCUCCAGCAGGUGGAUUUAGCUUUGGCGCACCGCAAGGCAAUGGAUUUGGAGGUGGCAAUGAUGGUAUGACCCAAUAAGGAGAUUCACACAAAAGAUGUACUUCACCACCACCACUAAAAAAAGGAGUUGAAAGAAGAAUGAGAGUAUAUAUUCUCCCAUAUACCAUGUCAAAUGAAGAAAAAAUAUAGCUUUUAUUGCCAUUUGGAUCUCUAAAGGCAGAUUUGCACAUAGACCCCUUCUCUUUCCCCCCUUCCUGUCUUUCAACUUUUAUACAGAUGUUCUAUCUCUUUUCUUUCUCUAUAUCAUGAAUGAUCACGACAUAAUUCACACCCUACUUUCAUUUUUAUGAACCAAACAUUCAAGAUUCCUCGUGUCACCAUAUACAUUUCCAUGCAUGUACUUGAUCCAAAAAUUGCGUUUCAAAUUAAUCUUAAAGAUUUUAAGUGGGUGUCAACAAGGAUG